GCUCAGCUUGACUCUUUAUGGAGAGUGCGAGGUUUGGCAUGGAGCCAGUGAUAAUAUGAAACUGCUCGCUUCAUAUGUUUUCUUGUCUUGCGCCUUUUCGAUUCCUCGAGCUCAUCACAUCUUCCUAGGCCAGCAAGCAGGACUGAAGCAAUUACGGCGCAAAUAGCUACUCAGGUAGAUUUGGUUGGCACAGAGAGCACCUGGAACCGCGGAGCACAAACAUGGGUCUCUCAGACAACAGAUGCACUUGUCAGUGCCUUCUCGAUGGCCCCGUUGAAUACCGCAUCGCCUCGAAAUCCGAUCGAUCUGACACAAUGGCUAUCGCCGUCGUUGGAGCGCAUCUCCGUGGUUUUCCUCUCAACAAAGACCUCACAUGUCGUGGCGCCCUGUUUCUCCAGCUCACCAAAACUUCUGCAAACUAUCGCCUCUUUGCUCUGCAGAACACUGAACCCAGGAAGCCAGGCCUUCGUCGCGCGAUUGCAGGCGAAAGUGGACGUCCUAUUGAGGUUGAAGUGUGGCGCCUACCCAAAGCUCAGUUCGGCGAGUUCAUGGACACGGUCAAAUUUCCUUUGGGGAUCGGUCAAGUUGAACUGCAAGAUCACUCAUGGAUUCAUGGCUUUGUUUGCGAGUACGCCGCGCUGGCUGGUACCUUGGACAUUACCGAAUUUGGUGGCUGGAGAGCUUACACUAACAACCUGACGUUGCCAGCUUCUUCUGGUGCUUUUCGCACGUGCGACUAGGCAACGAGCCAUAUAGAGAUGAUAUAGUUUGACUCAAUCCGGUCUUUAGAUUGUCUCCCUAGAACAUCAAACGCGUCCUGAACGCAAGUAGCCUGUUUUCGGCUAGGCUGACAGCACGCUAUUUG